UUUGAAUAGUGGGUAUAUGUGUGUGUGAACGUUGUUGUUUGUAUUGUACUCGUUGUGUCGUUUUGUGAAGCUAAGUUUUUUAUUAAUACACUUUGUAGCAGGUUUCUGAUUCAAACUUGAUCACCAUUUUCAUCUAAAGUGUGUCGUGUCUGUUUCUCAAUUAUGACACAGAGAUAUUUUUGAUUCUCAGAAAAUGAAGGGUAUGGUUUUGGAGUGAAUCCAGCUGUGUUUUGAUUGAUGAGUUUGGAAGCAUUGCAUUUAAAAUUUUCAGUGUUGGUGGGUGGUUGGUGCUCUCUGUAGCAAUUUUUGAAGCACACUACAGUGUGAUAGAGAGUGUCAAGUUUGAAGAUUAAGCUAUACAAAGUCUUAGCUUGUUUCCUUUGUUACUCAUUCUUAAAGAAACAGUCGAGAACAGCAGUGAUAGCUUAUGACUGGAUCAAUUCAUUGAAGAUUUAGAAAAUCAAGUUGGUUUGAGCUUUGUUGACAUCAAUUCAAUUUUACUUUACCACCACUCUCUCCAAAUUUAAAAUCAUGGUGGAAGAUAGUAAAGCUGCAGUAGCAGUUGAUGAUGCCUGUUCAAGAGAAAACUUGUUGUUGCAUGCACAGGAACUUGUUCCUGUGGCUCUUGCUAAGGCGAAAGAGGUUAAGGUGUUCCCUGGUAGGUGGAAGAUGAUCAUUUCAAAAUUGGAGCAGAUUCCCUCCUGUUUAUCGGAUUUGUCUAGCCACCCUUGUUUCUCCAAGAAUGCUCUAUGCAAGGAGCAAUUGCAGGCUGUGUCAAAGACGCUUAAAGAAACCAAAGAAUUGGCUGAGUUGUGUGUGAUGGAGAAGUACGAGGGUAAGCUUAGGAUGCAGAGUGAUCUUGAUGCAUUAACUGGGAAACUGGAUUUGAAUUUAAAGGAUUGUGGUCUCUUGAUCAAGACCGGUGUGCUCGGUGAAGCUACUUUGCCAUUAACCGUGUUAGGUUCUAUGGCAGAAUCAGAUAUUGCAACACACAACUAUAUAAGAGAACUACUAGCGCGCCUUCAGAUUGGUCACUUGGAAGCAAAGCACAAAGCCUUAGACAGACUCUAUGAUGUUAUGAAAGAGGAUGAAAAGAAUGUUUUGGCUGUUCUUGGCAGGAGGAAUGUUGCUGCUUUGGUUCAAUUGCUCACAGCAACAUCUCCAAGGAUAAGGGAGAAGACGGUUACUGUUAUAUGCUCUCUGGUGGAAUCUGGGAGCUGCGAAAAGUGGCUAGUUUCUGAAGGAGUUCUUCCACCUCUUAUUAGACUUGUUGAAUCUGGUAGUGCUGUCAGUAAAGAGAAGGCUAUAGUAUCUCUUCAGAGACUGUCAAUGUCAGCAGAAACAACUCGUGCAAUUGUUGGACACGGUGGUGUUCGGCCAUUGAUCGAGCUUUGUGAGAGUGGAGAUUCUGUGUCACAGGCUGCUGCUGCCUGCACUUUGACAAACAUAUCAGCUGUUCCUGAGGUGAGACAGGCUUUGGCUGAAGAAGGUAUUGUAAGUGUUAUGAUCAAUCUUCUUAGUUGUGGAAUUUUGUUAGGUUCCAAAGAGUAUGCAGCUGAGUGCUUGCAGAAUCUCACUUCAAGCAACGAGCAUUUGAGAAAGUGUGUUAUAUCAGAAGGUGGUGUUAGAAGUCUUCUGACCUAUCUAGAUGGUCCACUUCCUCAAGAAUCCGCAGUUGGAGCAUUGAGGAAUCUGGUUGGAUCAGUUUCUGAGGAAACUUUGGUUUCUCUUGGUUUGCUUCCUUGUUUGGUUCACGUUCUGAAGUCUGGAUCUUUGGGUGCUCAACAAGCUGCAGCUUCUGUCAUUUGCCGAGUUUGCAGCUCAAUGGAGAUGAAGAAAAUGGUGGGUGAAGCUGGGUGCAUCCCUCUUCUUAUAAAGAUGCUUGAGGCUAAAACAAAUACUGCUAGAGAGAUUGCUGCUCAAGCAAUUUCAAGCCUCAUGGUUCUGUCUCAGAAUCGGAGAGAGGUUAAGAAAGAUGAUAAAAGUGUUCCAAAUCUUGUCCAGUUGCUUGAUCCAAGCUCUCAGAACACUGCCAAAAAGUACGCAGUUUCAUGCCUUGGAUCACUUUCUCCAUGUAAGAAGUGUAAGAAACUGAUGAUUUCGUAUGGAGCAAUCGGGUAUCUGAAGAAGCUUACAGAGAUGGACAUUCCAGGAGCUAAAAAGCUUCUUGAGAGGUUGGAAAGAGGGAAAUUGAGAAGCUUGUUCAGCAGAAAGUAGAGGAACCAUUGAAAGUUUCAAAUGGCGAUUUGUAUCAUGAAGCUUUUCCUUUGUUACUUUUGUUCUUGUCAAUGUUGUUUCAUUGUCUAUAUGAAACAAGUAGCUUAGAGUGUAAACUGUGGAAUGAGAAGUUUGGUAAUCUGUGUAAUCAAUGUUUAGCUGAUAUAAUCUGUUAUCUUUCUGUA